AUACGAUUGGCACCCUUUUUGUUUAUUUACAUUUUUUACUUAUUACGAGAUAUUUAGAGGAGUUUCCCGGGAGUAAUCCAUGGUAGCGCAGUUAUUACCUAUUUGAAUAAGAAUGCAUGAACUUCGUAAAACUUUUUGCUGUCAAGGUAACCUUGGUUUAUAUAUCAUUUUCAUUUAGCACUGGAUAUCACUCCAAAUUUAUGUAUCAGAUAGAUUAAAUUGAUAAAGUAUGUGUAGUCAAUCGAUAUUGGAUGAAAACCAAGAGGGUCUUGGGCCUGAGUUGCAGAAAUUGGUAAUUGAGGAUAAGGAUGAAAACGCUGAUUUUGAAGUACAGGAGAAUUUAAACGAGAACAUCCAUACUGCUAGUGGAAUUGAAAAUGAGAAAAGCUUUCAAGAGAGCUUCAGUAAUUGUACUGAUAUUGGAGAUGUAACCGAUCAAGAGAGUACCCGUGAUACUUCUGAAAUUGCAAAUGUUUCUCAGAGCAGCUCUGAUGCUAAUUAUGUUCAAGAGAACGUCCCUGAUUCUAGUGUUCGAAAAGAUACCACCACAUAUGCCAAGGAGAUCCCUGGUAUUCCAGUGACCUUUCAAGUAAAAAUCUCAGACCAGAAGUCAGCUAGUUUUGAGCAAGUAUUACUUGCUAAAGGAUGUACAGUGGGGGUUCUAACUUCCUGUGAAAUUUGUUCUAGGGAAUUUGAAGACAAAGAUUCUGCUAUUUGUCAUGGUGUACUUCAUAAAGUCCCCGAAGUUCAAAAGUUGGAAGAACUAAAUCAACUAAGAUUAGACGUUUACUGGGAGAAAACUACAACUGGGUUCAGAUGUAUAUUUGACCAAUGUAAGAAAGAACAUGGAGAACUAGUACAAGCUCGUUGGCAUGCACUCAGUCACGCCGAUCCUAAGCAUGCAUUGCGAAACAUGAUUCCGGUACCACAGCCAGAGUUAUUUAUGCGACAAGUCAAUAGUUGGAUUCAUUGUACUGGUUGUUCUCGCGUUUUUCGAUCCGCUGAGGAGUUUAAUAGCCAUUACCUUAUGCAUUUGGGUGAGUUUCCUUUUAUAUGUAAAGCUUGCUCCUUGUCUUUCAAAACAAAAAGUAAGUUGUAUUACCAUUUUUGUUAUGAAUGCAAGAAACGCAAUAGGAAAUAAGUUUUAAUAUUGUCUAAGAAUAGCAUUUCCUUGGAGAAAAAAGUUGACUCAGUAUAUAGGGUAUAUAGUUUUUUGUUGAUAUUCAAACGUAAUUGUAAGCUUUUAC